UAAACAUGGGGAACACAAGCAGCGAGCGAGCAGGCCUAGAGCGUCAUGGGCAUAAGGCAUCCCGAGCUGACAACUCAGGAGGAGCCAUCAGUACAAAAGAGGGUGAUAGGCCAAAAAUCUUGAUGGAUAGUCCUGAAGAUGCAGACCUGUUCCAGGAAAUGAAGGCACCGCUGGAUAAAGAAGAGUUCCUGGCCUGGCAGCAAGAUCUGGAAGUGAGUGAUAAAACCCCCACUCAGGCUCGACCGACAGUCUUCCGUUGGACUGGAGGAGGGAAAGAAGUUUAUUUAUCUGGGUCCUUCAACAACUGGAGUAAAAUUCCUCUGACAAGGAG